GGCUUUCCACCACGACCAGCAGAACCAGCUGUGCCAGCUGCUGCCCCGGACCCAGCAUUCACCCCAUGUCCAGCUGCAGAAGAACAUCCUCUAUGACCUGUACCAGAAGAAAGGUAGGUUGGUGCUGCAGGUGGGCAAGAGUACACUACAAACUGGCACGCGGGCCACGACAGAGAAGGGUCUGCACUGCCAGCAUUGGCAAGCCACAACACCCCAUGACCACAGGUUCCUGCCAUCCCCCCGCAAUGGCCUGGAAGACAAUUACUGCCGAAACCCCGACCAUGACAAGCGGGGCCCGUGGUGUUACACCGUUGACCCCAACAUCCGGCACCAGAGCUGUGGCAUCAAGAAGUGUGAGGAUGCUGUCUGCAUGACCUGCAAUGGGGAGGAGUACCGUGGCACCGUGGACCACACCGAGUCGGGGACAGAGUGCCAGCGCUGGGACCUGCAGUACCCACACAAGCACCCCUACCACCCUGACAAGUCCCCCGACAAGGGGCUGGAUGACAACUACUGCCGCAACCCCGACAGCUCCGAGCGGCCCUGGUGCUACACCACCGACCCCGGGCGGGAGCGCGAAUACUGCCGCAUCCGCCUCUGCAAAAAACGCCCACGACCCCACAACAUCACCACCGGCUGCUUCAGGGGCAAGGGCGAAGGCUACCGGGGACGGGUGAACGUCACUGUGUCGGGGAUCCCCUGCCAGCGCUGGGAUGCCCAGAGCCCCCACCAGCACCACUUUGUGCCCGAGAAGUACCCGUGCAAGGACCUGCAAGAGAAUUACUGUCGCAACCCCGACGGCUCGGAGGCCCCGUGGUGCUUCACCGCCCGCCCCACCGUCCGUGUUGCAUUCUGCUUCCACAUCCGCCGCUGCCCUGAUGAGCUGAGUGCCCAAGAGUGCUACCACGGCCACGGCGAGCACUACCGUGGCCACGUCAGCAAGACGCGCAAGGGCAUCACCUGCCAGCCCUGGGCUGCCCAGGCCCCCCACGUGCCGCAGAUCUCGCCCAUCACCCACCCCGAGGCAGACCUGGAGAAGAACUACUGCCGCAACCCCGAUAACGACAGCCACGGCCCCUGGUGCUACACCAUGGACCCCCGCACCCCCUUUGACUACUGCUCCUCUCCCUCUGCAGCCGGCAGCACAACGCCCUCCAUCCUGGAGAACACAGAUGCGGUGGCAUUCGAGCAGUGCGGCCGGCGGGACGAGAGGCUCCAGCGGAAAGGGCGCAUUGUCGGUGGCCAGCCCGGCAACUCACCCUGGACUGUCAGCAUCCGCAACCGGGCUCGUGUGCACUUUUGCGGGGGCUCCCUGGUGAAGGAGCAGUGGGUGAUCAGCACGCGGCAGUGUUUCUCCUCC